AUGACUCUUAUGCCCGGAGAAAAUUCCGACUAUGACUACAGUGCCCUGAGCUGUGCUUCAGAUGCUUCCUUCAACCACACCUUCUUCCCAGAAUCAGAAACCCUCAAGGGAGUCUUUUACCAAAGAGCCAGGCUAGUUCCCCCUCGGGAGGAUCUCCUCAAGGCCUUUCACCCCGACGACCGGAAGCACCACAUCAUCAUCAACGUGGGGGGCAUCAAGUACCUGCUGCCCUGGACCACCCUGGAUGAGUUCCCCCUGACACGCCUGGGGCAGCUGAAGUUCUGCAACAACUUCGACGACAUUCUGAACAUCUGUGACGAUUACGAUGUGACGUGCAAUGAGUUCUUUUUCGACCGUAACCCGGGAGCCUUCAGGACCAUCCUGACCUUCCUGCGCGUCGGGAAGCUGCGGCUCCUGCGCGAGAUGUGCGCGCUGUCCUUCCAGGAGGAGCUGCUCUACUGGGGGAUCGAGGAAGACAACUUGGACUGGUGUUGUAAAAGGAGAUACCUGCAAAAAAUGGAGGAGUUUACGGAGCUGAAUGAACGGGAGGACGAACUCCUAGAAACUGAGACAACAGGUGACACAGUUGAGGAGACAAAGAUCGGUUUGUGCAUGAAAAAGUUGCAGGACAUGGUGGAGAGGCCUCAGUCUGGGCUCCCUGGGAAGGUGUUUGCCUGUCUGUCUGUUUUGUUUGUGACUAUUACAGCGGUGAACUUAUCCAUCAGCACAAUGCCUGACCUGAGGGAGGAGGAGGAAAAGGGUGAGUGUUCCCAGAUGUGCUACAAUAUUUUCAUCGUGGAGUCUGUCUGUGUGGCAUGGUUCUCCCUGGAGUUCCUGCUCAGGUUCAUCCAGGCAAAGAGCAAGUUCGCGUUUCUGCGGAGACCCCUGACCCUGAUAGACAUCAUCGCCAUCCUGCCGUACUACAUCACCCUGCUGGUGGACACCACCUCGGAGGGCCACAAAAAGUCCAGCUCCGGCAGCAUCUACCUGGACAAGGUGGGGCUGGUGCUGCGGAUCCUGCGCGCGCUGAGGAUCCUGUACGUGAUGCGGCUGGCCAGGCACUCGCUGGGGCUGCAGACGCUGGGGCUGACCGCGCGCCGCUGCACGCGCGAGUUCGGGCUGCUGCUGCUCUUCCUCUGCGUGGCCAUCGCGCUCUUCGCGCCGCUGCUCUACGUCAUCGAGAAUGAGAUGGCCGACUCGCAGGAGUUCACCAGCAUCCCUGCCUGCUACUGGUGGGCUGUCAUCACCAUGACCACCGUGGGCUACGGAGACAUGGUCCCCAGGAGCAUCCCUGGGCAGGUGGUGGCCCUGAGCAGCAUCCUGAGCGGCAUCCUCCUCAUGGCCUUUCCAGUCACCUCCAUCUUCCACACCUUCUCGCGCUCCUACCUGGAGCUGAAGCAAGAACAGGAGAGAAUAAUGUACAGGAGAGCACAGUUCUUACUAAAAGCCAAGUCUCAGAUAAGCAAUGAGUCGCAGGGGAGUGAGGUUCUACUCACCACUCUCUCCUCCGAGACCAGGGACAAUGAGUGAAAGUUCAGUGACUGCUUUUCCUGACUGUUUUGUUGUAUCAGAUUCCAUCUUUUAAUUUGCUUUGGAAGCAUUUUACAAAGGUAACCCUCAUAUUAAAAUGAAGGAAAGGAGCUAGAGCCAGGAACUGAUGUGGUUUAAGAAGUCUGUUAUUAUGCUGUUCCUUCCUCCCCCCCAGUAUAAUGUAUAGGACAGAUCUUUCACUGAGAUCAUGCAGUGGGAUUUAAGGAAUUCAGAGUCCUCUGACAGCAACAACAGAAA